UCAACUCCUUAUUGGGAAGUGCAUCCGGUGCGUCACCGCUGACUCUGAGGGCUGUGGAGCCACAACUUUGACAAGUGCGGCGGCUUCAUGCAAUCACCUCUUACUAAUGGACUAAAGGCGACGAUGGAGUUCUUCUGGGGGAAUAUAUUUUUCGCUUUAGUGUUUCUAGCGGGCAGAAUCCUGCACGUACAGGCCUUCAAUGUCGGCACUUCAGGUGCAAAGAUUUUCAGUGGAUCUGCAACCGAGGAGUUUGGCUACACAAUCCAACAAGCGACAAACCAUGACGGCAAAUGGCUCCUGGUCAGUGCUCCAUGGAGUGGCUACAGUCGAAACAGGAAGGGGGAUGUUUAUAAAUGUCCAGUCUCAGGGUCCAGAAACAGCUGUGACAAACUCGAUCUUCAAGAUUCAAUCAGAAUUCCAGAUGUUAAAAACCUCAACAACAACAUGUGUCUGGGUUUGGCUCUUACAAGGAUGCCUGCAGCAAAUGGUUUGAUGAUGUGCGGUCCUCUUUGGGGACAGCAGUGUGGAAAUCAGGACUUCUACCCAGGAGUAUGUGCACGACUGAGCCCCCUGUUUCAGCCUCAACCUGCCUUCUCUCCUGCUGUCCAGAAAUGUGGAGGGCCCAUGGAUAUUGUGAUUGUUUUGGACGGCUCCAACAGCAUUUAUCCAUGGGGUCCAAUGAACUUGUUCCUCCAGAAACUGAUACCUGAGCUGGAAAUAGGACCCAGUAACACACAGCUUAGUGUCAUUCAGUAUGGGGUUGAUGCCAGGUUUGAAUUCACACUGAAUCAGUAUAAAACCAAAGAUGAGGUGAUCGCUGCAGCAUCCGAAAUUACACAAAUGUACGGAUCGUCUACCAACACCUUCCAUGCCAUCCGAUAUGCCAGUCAGUGGGGUUUCCAUCAAAAACACGGCGGUCGGCCCGAUGCUGCCAAGGUUCUGGUGGUGGUCACUGAUGGGGAGUCUCAUGAUAAAGCCUUCAGGGAAGAGGUCAUUGCAGAGUGUGAUAAACAGGGCAUCACCCGCUUUGGUAUCGCUGUCCUGGGUUAUUACAACAGAAACAACAUCGACACAAAAAAGCUGAUAUUGGAGAUCCAGUCCAUUGCUAGUAAACCCACAGAGAAGUUCUUCUUUAAUGUGUCAGAAGAAGCGGCUCUCUCCACCAUCGCAGGAGCUCUGGGGAACCGCAUCUUCAAUAUCGAGGGCACCGGAAAAGGGGGUGACAAUUUUAAAAUGGAGAUGUCCCAGGUGGGAUUCAGCGCCCACUACUCCAGCCAACAGGAUGUGAUGAUGCUGGGAGCAGUGGGAGCUUACGCCUGGAGUGGGACUGUUGUCCAUCAAAAAGGGUCAAGCAUUGACAUUUUGCCUUUCUCAGCCUUUGAGGGGACACUUCAAGACAGAAACCACAGCUCAUUACUGGGUUACUCUGUCACCACACUGAGCCAUGGCUCCACGGAGUAUUACGUGGCUGGUGCACCUCGCUCCAACCACUCUGGACAAGUUAUAGUCUACACCAUCAACGCACAGAAAGAAUCUGCUGUCAUAGAUUCAGAAAGAGGGAAACAGAUUGGGUCGUACUUCGGAAGUGUCCUGUGCUCCCUUGACGUUGACGAUGAUGGGGUGACAGAUCUGCUGUUGGUUGGUGCGCCCAUGUUCAUGAGCGAGCUGAAGAAAGAACAGGGCAGGGUCUAUCUCUUCUCUGUUACUAAGGGUAUCCUGAAUGAGCAGGGAUUCCUCAAUGGUCCACCCCAAACUGAAAACGCUCGCUUUGGGAUGGCUAUCUCUGCCAUUCCAGACCUGGACCUCGACGGUUACAAUGAUGUUGUAAUUGGAGCCCCUCUGGAAGACAAAGGAAAAGGUGUCAUCUACAUCUACAAUGGAGAUAAGAAGACAUUAAACAAACAGUUCUCACAGAGGAUCCCUGGCUCCAAACUGGGUCCUCAGUUGCAGUAUUUUGGAAGAUCUUUAGACAGCUACAAAGAUUUGAAUGAUGAUUCAAUCCCUGACAUCUCUGUGGGUGCUUACGGCAAAGUUGUGCAGCUCUGGUCCAGAGGUGUUGCAUCCGUCGCAGCUAAAGCUUCUUUUAAGCCAGAUAAAAUCAACAUUUUCAACAAGCCCUGUAACAUCAAUGGACGCAAGCUAACAUGUUUCAACACCAAGCUGUGUUUCAGUGCUGAAUUCAGACCAAAGAACCCUGUUGGACCCAUUGAUGUUUCCUACACUUUGACCCUGGAUGCUGACUUGCAGGCUUCACGAGUGACAUCAAGAGGACUGUUCACUAAAAACAAUGAACGCUUCCUCACAGAGAAGGCAAAAAUAUCCUCUACACCCCUAUGUCUAGACUACCAGGUUUAUGUUCAGGAAGCACCAGAUUUUAUCAAUUCACUUAGUCUGAAAGUAGAAAUCAAUCAGCAGAACGAAGAUGCAAAUCCAGUCCUGGAUACAUCUGCGCCGUCUGCCUGGGAGUUCUUUAUACCCUUCACAAAAGACUGUGGCUCUGAUGAAGUGUGCAUCAGUGAUCUGGUGCUGAGUGUGAAGACAGACACAAAGGCGACCAGUUCGGCCCCCGUCCUGGUCAGCGCUAAUGACCGAGAACUGUCGUUCGAGGUUGUUGUGAAGAACAAAAAGGAAAAUGCGUACAACACUCAAGUUCUGGCCACAUUCUCCAACAGCUUGUACUAUUCAUCUGUCUUUCCUCCUACGGAUGGAGUCAAAUGCACUUCAACACAAACACAAACUGUCACCUGUCAGAUUGGAUACCCUGCAUUGGAAAAGAACCAGGAGAUGAAAUUUCAGAUGAAUUUUGAAUACAAUCUUGAUCAGCCGAAAAAGAAAGCAGAAGUGAAAUUCGAGGCCAAGAGUGAUGGCAAAGAGGAGAGACCUGCAGACAACAAAGUGGACAUAUCCAUUCCACUUAAAUAUGAUGCAGGGAUUGUAUUGUCAAGGAAGUCAAAUAUCAACUUCUUCGUAGCAGAUUCUUCCCUUCCCGUGGUUACAACUGUGAAAACUCUGGAUGACAUCGGCCCAGAGUUUAACUUCACAGUGAAGGUUUCUACAGGUAACUUCCCUGUCAGCCUGCUCUACCUGACCAUCGCUCUGCCAAUGACUACUGACGAUGGAAACCCGCUCCUCUAUGUCACCAGCAUAAAUGCAGGAGAUUCCAUCAGCUGUGACUCCAGCAGCCUGGUUGAUCCUCUGAAGAUCGGUGUGAAGACCCACAAAGCGUCCUUCUCUGAGGAGAGUCUGAGAGGCAUUGAGAAACUGGAUUGCAAGAGUGCAAAAUGUGAGUUAAUAAAGUGCAUCCUUAAAGACACUGAACUCAAGACGGACUACUUUGUGAAAAUUAAAACGAGGAUCUGGAGUGGCACUUUUAUUUCAGCGACCUAUCAGACCGUCGAGCUGACGUCCAGCAUUGAUGUUGAGACCUCCAACCCGGAUCUGCUUAUUAUUGGCCUCAAACAGCUCCCUUUGGUGCUGACUGUCAGUAAACCUGGAGAGAAAGGUGAUGUUCCUGUGGGAGUGAUCGUUGGCAGUGUCAUCGCUGGACUGCUGCUGUUGGCUCUAGCUGUUGGACUGCUGUGGAAGUUUGGGUUUUUCAAAAGAAAGUACCAGCAGCUGCUGAAGGAGACUGAUGAUGACACACAGAGCAAUGCAAACAUGGAUGAAGGACUGUGAACUGAAUGAGGAGACAAACUGCAGCCUUCACUCCUCACCAGACUGUUUUCAGUGUGGAUACCGGUACUUGUCGCUGAUUCUCAUAAAGUGGAAUGGACUACUGCUCAACCACUGAGAGUUGAGCAUUGAAAAAAAAAACCAGGAAGCUUUGUGUUUGUAGAUAACUGGGAAACGAUCUUCUUUACAUUUUACGGACAAUCAUUGUUUUUACUUUUAAGCUGUGUGGACUGUAUGUGUAGUUUGAUGCACUGAGUUUGAAUGAAUGCAAGAACCAUGUUUUUCCCAACAUAAGAUGACCAAACUUAUCAGGUUUUUACGCCUUGGGUAAUAUUGGAUGCAAAUGUCGUCAUCCUUACUUAAACACUGUAUUAUUAAUAGGUUGAGUUAUGCUUUACUUUUAGUUUUGCAAAGUUUUACAUAAGAUAGUUGGCACAUAUGAGUGUAAAUUAGAAGCAUCAACCUUUUUAACAUACAUGUUGUAGUCUCCAGCAGGGAUGCAUGGUAUUAUUGGCAUAAGAUAGGGUAUUGGUAUGACAGAUAGAAGCUUCAAAAGUUCAUUAUAGUAUAGGUAUUGGCAAAUGAACAAUUUUACCUAUAUGGCUGUUAUGCUGAUUCCUCAAUUAUUCACACUGGAUGACAACCACUCAAAGAUAAAGGAGCUCAACAAGAAAAUCAUUGAAUUCAUUGUUCGUAACAGCCAGCCUUUCAGCCUGGUGGAGGAUGCAGACUUCUGCAAGCUAAUGAUGCACUUUGAGCCUCGCAGUACUAUGUCUAGCUGGUGUUACUUUUCAGAUAUAGCCUUACCUGAAGUGCAAAGCAGAGAAGCUCCUCGCUACUGCUACUCACAUAAGCUUCACCACGACACGGCCAUCAAGUGUAAGUCCUGUCUACAUGUUGAGCCUCAUGGAUUAAUGAUAUGUAAUCCACAGAACUUUCUUUUUUUGUUUCAUUACUGAAUGUCCAUAUUUGAAAAAUAAUAUAUUUAUCAAUAAUGGUAGAAUCAAUGUUUUUUGUCUUGUUUUAUGUCUGUCUCUAAAACAAAUAGACUGGUAAAUUCUAUUACAGGAGAGAUUUGAUGUCACCAGAAUGAAAAAGGGGGCUUUAUAUCAGUAUCUGUAUCAAACUAAACGAGUUUAAAAAUAUCGGCAUAUCAGGUAUUGGCAAAAAUCCAUUAUCGUGCAUCCCUCUGCUUUCAGGUCCGCUGUCCUUUUCUGCACUCAGGGUUUUUCUGGCAUUAAGACAGUUGAAAUCUGUGGUUUGAACUCUGAUAGUCAUUACUCUGUUUCAUUGUGCUUGUACUGUACAUACUGUAAGAUAACAUUUUGAUCUUUCGUAUAAGUGUUGUAUGUAAAAUGAUCAUUGGAAAUAUGAGUCAGUUGAGUAGCCAUUGUGCUUUUUGUUGUUGCUGGUAAUGACUUGUAUUUUUAUACCCCUGAAUUGCACACCUUGUUAAGUACGUUUUUUUCAGAACAGAAUAAUCUGUCAGCUGUUUUCAUGACUAAUUGAUUAAUGGUGGUGCCAAUUUAGUUCAGAGAUGGCUUUAAGAAGGACCAUCACAGUUCCUCAGGUUAUAAGGGAAUGCUUUCUGAUAGGCCUUUUUUGGGGUCAAAAAUACUGCUCACAACCUUUAGACAACUGUUGUCACCAUUGAUCUCCAUGACAAAGAAAAGUAGUAUGGUUAAUUUGAAUAUCUGCAUAGCAACUCUAUGUUGAUCCACUUAUUCAUAUUAAAUUGGCUCCCUUUUUUGCUCUCAUAAAGUUUAACUGCAGGUUAAAGUGACACAAUUCCCUGCAUUAGCAAAAGCCAGUGUGUUCUUCAUGUGCAAAUAUUGUUCACUUCAGAGCAAAGGUGUGAUGCUCUGACAUGUGGCUGACAUGGUUUCCAAAAGCAACAACCAGGUCACUUAAAAUAAAUACAACUCUGGAGCUUUUCUUUCUUACUUUUCAGAGGAAGUUAUUGAGAGGUUUGAGCACAGUUAGUGGAGCUUCAUGCAAAUGUGCAUUAGCAAAGCUUUGCCACAAGAUGGCAGCACAAUAUAGACAACAUAUUGACACUCUUAGUUUUUUCCUUCACUGCACUGGUGAUAAUUUAAAUGCUUCAUGCAACCAUUAAUUAAUAAAUCAUAAUUUAUCACUUA